GGUGGUCGUCCACUAAAUUUCAGCUUGGCUCCCCCGGCUGUGAUUGCAGACAUGCAGCUGUCCGAAUGCGACACGAAGCCGGUGGCCGUGGGCGUCCAGCCUGAGGCUGAUGCGAAUGACAAGCCUGGAGAGGGCCUGCCAUUGCCAACGACGCCUCCAGGCCAACUUCCGACAGGCCUCGCUUCCGACGUGAAGGCCAUGAAGGCCCCGCGUCACAACGAGUCCUGGGCUCCCAGCUUCCUCAAGGGGAAGACAGCCGAGGCGGUGAAUGCAGACCUGGACGAGGUUCCGUUGGUGCGGCACCUGGCGCGGCGGCUGCAGGUCACCCCGGUGGUGGUGGCGGUGGGCUUUCUGCUGUUGAGCUUGAUCUUCCUGCUCUACGGUGUGGGAGGGCAGCUGGUGUGCACCAUCUUCGGGGUGGCGCUGCCGGCCUUCGAGUCUUUCAAAGCGGUGGAGGAGUUCGCGAACCUCCAAGAGGGCGACGGCCAGAAUGUCUACAACAAGGCCUCGGGUAUGCAAUUCUGGCUCACCUACUGGAUAGUGGUCGCGGCAAUCAGCUCCAUUGAGUGCCUCUUCUACUAUGUCGUCGUGUGGAUUCCUGGCUACUACCCCCUGAAGCUCGGCUUCCUCGUUUACUUGUAUAUCCCGCGAGUGCGGGGUGCGAACCAUGUGUACAACUGGUUUGUGUCUCCCGUGCUGAAGCGCAAUCGCGCCACAAUUGACCUUACACUGGAGGAGUCCAGCCGGGGACUCCGCAAGAGUGUGAGCAAUGUCGCCAGCAGCGCUAUGGACGCUGGCCUAGGUGCAGGCAAGGAGAGCAUGGUCCGGCUGCGGCGUGGCCUGACGAUGGUCGGCCCAGGCAUCGAGACAAUGAGGAUCCUGAGCUCGGAGCUCGUGAAGCGGCGCUCCGCGCCGGCGCGGCCGGAGCCGGAGGUUUCGGCGGUGCAGGAGGUGCCGGAGACGGAGCCGGAGCCGGAGGUGGCGGAGGCGGAGGAGCCUGAACCGGCGGAGGUCGCGGAGCCGGAGGCGGCGUCCCCGGCAUCGCCGGCGUCGCCGGUGCCUGUCUUCCAGGGGUGAGAAAGAGAGGCUUGCUGGCAGCUGCUUGGCGCUUGGCGCCGCGCGUUUGCCAUGAAUUUGAGCUCCGGCCGCUAGCUUUAGGGCACAGAGAGAGCUGCAAGGGUGAUGUCGGCCCACGGACUCCGAGUUUUGAUUUGCAUAUAGACUGGGUGAAUUAUAACGAUC